CUAUCGUUUAAUAUGUUGCUCGCUUUCCAGAAAGUAUCUUUGAAGUCGAUCUAUCGCUUGUCACGCGCUCAGCUCCAGCGAAGAGAGUGCCCACUCUCCGUUAGACUCUCUCGCCGCUUUGAUUUCUUUUCUUGGGGCCCGCUCUCCGCUCUCUGGGGCUCUCCAACUCUCUCUCUCUCCGCGAUUCUGUGGCUACUUCUGAUUCUUUCGAAACGUACUGCUCCCUGUCCGGCUGCCAAGUUCAGCCGUUCAGCCGUUCAGAUACAGAUACUUGCACUCGUACUUCUCCCCGACUGUCGCUUGUCGCUCGCUCGCCUCGCAUUCGCACGAAUUUGUAUCUCAGAGAUUGUUUUAGUUUUAGUUUUUCUUCCACUUGAUUCUUUUGUGUGUUCGCGUUCUUCUGGCCUGGCCUGGCCUGCCAUUGCCAUUGUUUCGGUGUCGGUGUCUGUCUCUGUUUCGGUUUCUGUUGAAUUCCGUAUCGCAUUGUAUCGUAUCGUACGCUGAGCGAGAAAUCAGUUUGACGUUUUGCUUUGACAGGCAACCGUCGUCGAUCGGGGAUCGUUGAUCGUGGAUCGUGGAUCGCUGAUCGUGGAUCGUUGAUCGUGGAUCGUUGAUCGCGGAUCGCGGCUGAAUCUCGUGAAUCUUGGGCGUUCUUUUCUCGCCGGUCGUCCGGUCGCUGAAAGAGAAUUUUGCACUGGCCAGUCUGAUAUAAAUAUUAAAAUAAAAAGAAAUACCUAUACCCAUACCUAUCUACAUACAUGUGUGCAUAAAAUAUCACAAGCAACAGGCAGCGAAAGCAACAACUACCAGCUAAACGACAAAUUUUUGUUUUGUGGAUCAUGUGACCAGUAUCUCCGCUGGCCAUCAGUCAAUCAGUCAGCAGACCGCAGCCCAAAAAUGUUUCAAUUAUGUUAUCGCCAGCAACAACGACAUCGUCCAGAAUCGAAACCAUCGAACCAGAGCAGCAGCAACCGCAAAAACAAGAAGGCAGCAGCACUGCCAAGGCCAAAAGCGUCGGUGGAGCGAGCGUAAGCUGUGCACUUGCAAUCCCCGGGAUCUCUGAAAUCCAGGGAAUCCAAGGAAUCCCAAGAAUCCCAAGAAUCCCAAGAAUCCGUAGACCAAAGUCACAAUCGGAAACGAAAGUAAAACCAAAAUCACAAGGCAACCAAGAGCAAUUUAGCAUAGCAACCGCAACGGAAGCAGCAGCCAGGCCAAAAUCAGAAGCAGGACUUCGCCAUGGGCUGUUCGCCAAGCACUCUGCCCGCCCCCUCCGCCACCGCUGGCCAGACCGACGGCCCAGGAUCCCUCCCCCUGGACGCCACUGAAAAGGACGGCAGCCGGCUGUUCUGCAUCAAACUGAGGCGCAGUCGCCUGCGCCGCUGCAGCUGCGGGGGCGUGACCUUGCAGCCCCCCAGCGACGGCAACGGGAGCUCAACGGGCGACAACCUGUGCGGCCAGGUGCUCCUCAAUCCGCUGCAGACCAAAAGCGAGGCCGACUACGAAAAGCUGAGCACCGGCAAAAAGGACUCGAUUGUUACGGUAGCCGCGUUGGGCAACUUCACACACAGCGUGGUUCGGCGGGCCACUGGCAGCACAGGCACAUCGGGCACCAGCUCAUCCGGCGGCGGGAACAGCCGUCCAGGUCACCGCAAGUCAUCGCUAGCCCUCGCCCUCACCCCGGAAGAUGAGCCGAUGGACGUCUACCAGCGAAAUCUCAUGGACCUGAAGUAUCCAACCGUGCUCCCACCGAAUCCUCCACUUAAGGCCCUCUUGGUUUUCCACAAAUCGGACAGCAUCUGCGAGGCGAUCACCGCGGCCUGCCAGCGCCACCAGCUGGACGUCACGCUGGUCAAGUCGAAGGAGGAGGCUCUGGACACCCUGCAGAAGUCGUACGCCACCGCCCAGUGCUACCACCUAAUCAUAAUUGAUGCGCGCUCCACCAAGAACCUGGAUGCGGAGCACAUUGCAAGAACCAUACGUCACACACACGGCCACCAUUUAACGACAAUAAUUGCAGUCUGCAAGAAGAGUUUCUUUGAAAAGGAUGAUGUGCUAAUUGCUCUAUUGGACGCUGGCGUUAAUAGAUGCGUAGCGGAGACGACCAACCUGGCCAUGUGUAGUGUGGAACUGAAGCAGAUACUGCACUCCAUCAUCCGGCCGCACAAUGUCAUGUCCACUCAACAGGCCCUCUACACGGCUCUGCAUCGGCUAAAGGAGGUGGUGCUCAUCACGGACGACUUGCUGCGGAUCCAGUAUGCGAACCGUGCCACCGAGAGGCUGCUCAACAUGCGGCUGGACGAGAUCAUUAGCAAGCAGCUGGAGGACAUAUUCGUGUCGGACCUGUCCACCAUCAGUGAGCAGUGCAAGAACAUCAAGGAGUUCGACGGCAUCCUCACAGUGCGCCGCAAGAGUCAGGAGGGCAUACCGAUGCACGUGCGCGUGGUCCCGGUGGCCUGCAUUGGCAGCGCACCCACGCAUCUGAUUUUCAACUUUGAUGUGCCCGGCGGACAGAUGGAUUUCAUUGCCACACUGCCGCAGCCGAAAGAGGCGCCCAGGGGCUCACUGCACUCGGUGCGGCGCUGCAGCUUUGAUGUACGCUCCAUCGCCUCGGACGGAUUGCGAAGGACCAGCUUGGCCAAGUUGACGUCCCUGCCGUUGGAGGCCCCCAUCACUAAAAUAAUCAAUUUACUAUCACAAGUACAGGAGAAUUGUUCGGCCGAUGAGGCGCGUCUCAUAGACAAGGUCUUGGAGUUCCUGAAGCGCGAAGGACUCUACAGUCCGCAAAUGAAGGAGAUACGAACGGAUGAUCCCAUAGCCACCGAUUUAAUUGGUGCUCUGCUAACGGGACCCAGCGUGUACUCGUCGCGCCGCAGCUCGAAUGACUCUAUAAUACGCACUGGCAGCUCCACAAGAACUGCCACGAUUGUGCCCGCCAAAAUGAAGUCCAAUCCCAUCAUCAUGGAACUACUUGACGAAUCUCUCAGCUGGGACUUUGAUAUUUUCAAAUUGGAGGAGAUAACCGACUACCAUCCGCUGCUCUAUUUGGGCAUGGAGAUGUUCCGCCGCUUCGACGUCUUCGCCACAUUGAACAUCGAUGAGAACGUCUGCAAGGCCUGGUUGGCCGUAAUUGAGGCCCACUACCGCAAGAGCAACACAUAUCACAACAGCACCCAUGCCGCUGAUGUCAUGCAGGCCACUGGCGCUUUCAUCACCCAACUGACCAACAAGGACAUGCUGGUAAUGGACCGCAUGGAGGAGGCGACUGCUUUGAUUGCGGCAGCUGCCCACGAUGUCGAUCAUCCGGGUCGCUCAUCCGCCUUUUUGUGCAACUCGAACGACGCACUGGCCGUAUUGUACAAUGAUCUUACAGUUUUGGAGAACCACCAUGCGGCUAUUACCUUUAAGCUAACUCUGGGCGACGAUAAGAUCAACAUAUUCAAAAACCUGGACAAGGAGACGUACAAGUCGGCGCGCAGCACCAUCAUUGACAUGAUCCUGGCCACCGAGAUGACCCGGCACUUUGAGCACCUGGCCAAGUUCGUGAGCGUCUUUGGCGGCGAGGAGCCCCGUGAGCAUAACUCCCAGACGGAUGAGGAGACGUCGAUACUCAUGCGUCGCAUGCUGAUCAAGGUGGCCGAUGUGAGCAAUCCCGCCCGUCCCAUGCAGUUCUGCAUCGAGUGGGCCCGUCGCAUUGCCGAGGAGUACUUCAUGCAGACGGACGAGGAGAAGCAGCGUCACCUACCGAUCGUGAUGCCGAUGUUUGAUCGAGCCACCUGCAGCAUACCAAAGAGCCAGAUCGGCUUCAUCGAAUACAUCAUACAGGACAUGAUGCACGCCUGGGAGAGCUUCAUCGACAUGCCGCAGCUGAUCACCUAUAUGCAGAUCAACUACUCGCAGUGGAAGAAGUACGACGAGCAGGGCGUCAACACCUUGGCGGAGAUCAUGGCCAAGCAGCCGCCAGUGGGCAAGAUGGCCAACUCCAAAUAGCAUACGGCCUUCCGGAGAUUGUUCUCGGGUCUAUUGAAGCCACUGCCGGCUCAGGCACCGGGCACCUCCACGAUUGGCGAGAACGAGAUGGAGGACAUGCUCUAGUGACGGCGUCGAAGGUCCUGUGACGUCUGACUCCGGACCCGUAGUCUCUCGGCCUGAUCCUCUCAAUGAAGUCGAAGCUCAACCCUCCCGGCUUAAGAGCCACCAUCACCCGCUCCCCGGGUUGCCCCAAAAAAAAAAAAAAAAAACAAAAACGCAUAUCUCUCAACGGACCAACGGCCGGGGGGGCGGUACGGAUUGUGGGCGGCUCACGAAAAGGUGCCAAGCGGUGUCACAAAAGCGGUAUCAUACAAAGCAAACUAACUAAGGCAAACAAGUAAACAAUUAUUGGGCUGGACUCAAAAUUAAAUGUUUAAGAUGCAUCACAGGAAGCGAACUUUCUAUUUCUAUAUAAAUAUACCAUGUGAGUCUGUGUGUGCGUGAGUGUGUAUGUUCCCUCCAUCCUCCCCCCUAUAAAUGUGUGUUUAGGCUAUCGAAAGCAGACUAGCGGGCUAGCAAACUAGCAAUCUAGCGAGAAAUCCCACAGCAUAUUGACCAGAAUAUACAUGGCGUGCGCUCAACUGUACCUGGCAACGGUAUAACGUAUAACAGUAUAACGGUUUUGGUAACGGUAUAGCCGUGCUACCAAACCAAGUGUUACAAGCAUGAAGUUCUCUCCCAUCAUGAAGACAAUCUAUGUUGAAUACUGCAAAAGCCAAGUAAAUAUACAUAGUUUAAUUGCUGUCCAAGUCCGAAUCGUUAGUCGUGAAUGGAAUUGAAAACGGAUUUGGAUUUGGAUUUGGAUUCGGAACAAAUACAAGGCCAAAAGCUGGACGAAGACUAUAUACAUACACAAGCAUGCGAGAUUGUGGCAAGCACUAUAUAUUACAUACUAUCACUAUCGACUAGCUAACAACUACAACAAGUAAAACUGAAACAAACUAAUUCGAAUCCACUCUUGAGACAUAUGAAAUCCUAUGGGGCCCCUUUUACUACCUAAUUAACUAGUUACCUAUUUUUCCUAAAUGAAGAAAAACGAAAAAUGAUGAGCUAUUCUAACUAAUAUUAUUAAUGUUGUUUAGCUUUCUAAGCAUACGGUAUGAGAAAUCAAACUAAACGCAAAUGUUUAACAAUUAAGUGAAAUCCUUUUUGAAAUCUUUUUAUCUAAUUGACUGAACAAAUUACAUAUACAUAUAUAAACCAGAUCUAUUAAUACGAAUUGAUAAUAUGUUCUUGUUAUAACUUAAAAACAAAAAAACAAAA